CGCCUCCUGCAAGGGAGCAUCUGAUCAUCAGUCUGUGGCCAGCUCUGGUGCUGCAAGGUGCAGGGAGCCAGACCCUAUAACAGCAGCAAUCUGCAUGUAGCCUGCGAGAGGCUGAGGCUGCCUUCCUCCAUCCAGCAUCCCCUCCGCCUGCAGUCUGCACAGGACCACAAGUAACAGCACAGCUUGUCCCUGGGUAUCCUCCUAUCCCCGGUCCACCAACCAUGUGCCACAAGUCCUGCUACUUCUUCCUCCUCGCCCUGCUGGCAUCUGACUGCAUGGACUCAGUGAGAGGCUUGUUCCCAUUUGGGCAGCCUGAAUUCUCCUAUAAGAGGAGCAACUGCAAGCCCAUCCCGGCUACCCUGUUACUGUGCCAUGACAUAGAGUACCCCAACAUGAGGCUCCCCAACCUCUUGGGUCACGAGACCAUGAAGGAGGUCUUGCAGCAGGCGUCCUCCUGGAUCCCCCUCAUCCAGAAACAGUGCCACCGCGACACCAAGAAGUUUCUCUGCUCCCUCUUCGCCCCCGUCUGCAUCGAUGACUUGGAUGAGACCAUCAAGCCUUGCCGGUCCUUGUGCGAGCAGGUGAAGGACAGCUGCGCCCCGGUCAUGUCUGCAUUUGGCUUCCCCUGGCCAGACAUGCUGGACUGCAGCCGCUUUCCCCAGGACAAUGACUUGUGCAUCCCACCGGCCAGCAAUGACUACGUGGUGCCAGCCACCAGGGAAGCGCCAAAAGUUUGUGACGCUUGUAAAACCAGCACUGAGGAUGACAAUGACAUUGUAGAGAACCUCUGCAAAAAUGAUUUUGCCUUGAAGAUAAAAGUGAAGGAGAUCGCCUACAUCAAUGGGGACACUAAAAUCAUCCCGGAGACAAAGAGCAAAACCAUUUACAAACUAAAUGGGGUGACAGAGAGGGAUUUGAAGAAGACUGUGCUUUGGCUCAAAGAUGGACUACAGUGUACCUGCGACGAGAUGAAUGACAUCAACGCUCCUUAUCUAGUGAUGGGACAAAAACUCGGAGGGGAGCUGGUCAUCACCUCUGUGAAGCGGUGGCAGAAAGGCCAACGGGAGUUUAAAAGGAUCUCUCGCAGCAUCCGUAAGCUGCAGUGCUAGUUCUUCCAUUAAUUAACUCUUUCAGCACUGGGGCUAGUCUUUUGCACCUUUCUCCCUUAUUUGGGAACCCAUCCUUUCUGAAAUAUAACACAAAAAAAAAAGGCUGGGGUAAUGGCUUUUUAUGAUUAUAAUAAUUAUUAUUAUUUUUAUUAUUAUUGAAAAAAAACUUGUAAAUAUUAUGAAAACAAAAAAAUCCAAAUAUUUUUUAUGAUGCCCAAGAAUUAAAAUCUAGAAAAGUAUUUACUAGAUGCCCACUCAUUGACUGUUCAUACAUUUUUAUUUUUUUGUAACUUUAUUUUGCUUUAACUGGAUACAGGAUUUUUAGUUUGUCAGAGGCGAUUACAAUUGCAAUGUUUCUAAAGUCAUGAGUUGACAAGUGUACUUUAAAAAAAAUAUAUAUUAACAGUUCUUUUUGUAUUUUUUAUACUGACAGCUGUUUAGUACUAAAACAAAAGACAUUGGGUGAUCAUUUUAUACCAAGGGUUGUGUGCAGGAUGAGUACUGAAUGUUAUCUAUGUUCUUUGUUUAUAAAUUAAACAUUAUAUCACUGUGCAA